AGCCAUAAAAUAGAGACAUGUCAGUUGGGUGUGCUUCGUCCGUGUGUCCUCAGUUAAGACUAGAAUAGACUAUAAUCUAUUUACAUUCCGUGGAUGUGGAACGCAUAAUACAAUUACGAACACUAUACGGAUAAAAUAAUUCACAAACCUAAAUAGCUAUUUGCAAUAUUCAAUAUUUUUCAGUUGAAGUACACUUUUGAACACAGUAAAGGGAGUGAGAUAAGAGAUAAUAUUUCAGUGCUAGCCUAAAUGUUUCCUAUAAUGAUUUAAACUUUUAGUUCUAAGAGAAAAAGUAUUGAACAACUUGAUGCUUACAUAGUAAGCACCAUUCUGAUUACAUUCGGCAUAUGGAGGUUAUGUUUAUGCCUUGUGUAUGUUAGAAUUUAAUUAAAACUUCUAUUUGGUGUCCACAGUGAAUGGCAUAAAUGUAAACUGUUUUUUGGUCAACUGAAUCAAUUUAAAAAUGGAGGAAGACACAGAAUAUAUUAAGUUACCAGUAGAAGAUCGUUGUGUUCACAAGCUUUGGAAAGCAAGACUCAAUGGCUAUGAAGAGGCAGCAAAGUUGUUCCAGCAGAUUGAUGAUGAAAAAUCUCCAGAAUUCAACAAGUUUUUGGGUCUUGUUAAGAAGUUUGUUGUUGACAGCAAUGCAGUUGCACAAGAGAAGGGGCUUGAAGCUGUGCUUGCAUUUGUUGAGAAUUCUGCUUCUUCUGCCAAAACUGUUGGAGAAGUCAUGUCUGGAAUUAUUUCCAAGUGCAUUGCUGCACCAAAAGCAAAAACAAGGGAACUGGCCGUUCAGAUUGCUCUCAUGUACAUAGAAAUUGAGAAAUUUGAAGCUGUUCAGGAGGAACUUCUGAAAGGAAUGGAACAUAAAAAUCCAAAGAUUGUUUCAGCUUGUGUCUCAGCAGUUACACAGGCUCUCAGGAAUUUUGGCCCAAAGGUUGUAAACAUUAAGCCAUUAAUAAAGAAGAUGCCUGUGUUACUAGAAGACAGAGACAAAUUUGUAAGAGAAGAAGGGAAAACUAUGGUGAUUGAAAUUUAUAGGUGGAUCGGUGAUGCUCUAAAACCCCAACUUAAUUCUCUUAAGCCAGUUCAGGUAACAGUAUUAGAAUCAGAAUUUGAAAAAGUGAGAGGCGAGAAGGCUUUGCCCAUUCGUUACCUCAAAUCACAGCAACAGAAGCAGGCCAAGAUGGCUGCCGAAGCAGCUGCAGCAGCUGGGGAUGGAGAAGAUGAGUUGGAAGAUGAGAAGGAUGGUGCUCCUGAUGUAGACCCAAAUGAGCUGUUUGAGCCAGUGGAUAUACUGUCAAAACUGUCAAAGGAAUUUUAUGAGAAAUUAGAAGCAAAGAAAUGGCAGGAAAGAAAGGAAGCUGUGGACUAUCUGGAGCAACUUUUGCAGACACCAAAACUGGAGAGUGGAGACUACGGGGAUGUAGUCCGCGCUCUCAAGAAAAUAAUUUCUAAGGAUACAAAUGUGAUGGUUGUUGCGGUGGCAGGAAAGUGUGUGGCAGGACUGGCAAAUGGUUUGAAGAAGAGAUUUCAGCCUUAUGCACUAUUUUGCAUUCCAUGCAUCUUGGAAAAAUUCAGAGAGAAGAAACAGAAUGUUGUGGUUGCAUUACGAGAAGCAGUUGACGCUGUGUUUAUGAGUACAACUAUAGAGGCUAUUCAGGAGGAUGUUCUAAUCGCUUUAGAAAACAAGAAUCCACAGGUCAAAGCAGAAACAGCAUCCUUUUUAGCAAGAUGUUUUACAAAGUGCACGCCAGCAAUGCUUAACAAGAAACUGUUAAAGGCCUAUACCACAGCAUUACUGAAGACAUUGAAUGAAUCAGACCCAACUGUCAGAGACAGUUCUGCAGAGGCUUUGGGUGCAGCUAUGAAAGUCGUUGGUGAAAAACCAAUUAUGAUUUUCAUGACAGAUUUAGAUAAUAUUAAGAUGACAAAAAUUAAGGAAUGCUGCGAUAAGGCUGUUAUUGUAUCAAAAGUUCCUAAAACUGAUCGCCCCAAUACGGCACCUGCCAAGCUGGCUCGUGGAAAUGGAGAGGGAGGUGGGAAGGUUGUGGCAGGAAGUGUUGCACCAAAGCCUGUCAAGAGACCAGCUACAGUAGGAGGUGCUGUACCACCAAAGAAGACACAACAGAAAAAACAGCUUGGUUGUGCUCCAGCUGGCAAAGGGAAAGCACCUGCAAAAGUUGCUGAAAGAAAUCUUGGUCAAGAAGAAGUCGAUGAAAAGGCAUCUGCUAUCUUCUCCGAAGAAAUAAUUUCAGGUCUCAGUGAUGGGAACUGGAAAACUCGUCUGUCUGCUGUGGAACAGUUAACACAGUGGGUGGUAGAAAUAGAAACUGAAAUUCCAACUCAAGUUAUAAUCAGAACAUUGAAUAAGAAGCCUGGAUUAAAGGAUACAAACGUCCAAGUUCUAAAAGCCCGGCUUGAAGCUGUGAAGCUGUUGGCAGAAAAUGCUCGAUUUACAAGUACUGUCCUGGACUAUUGUAUAACUGACAUUGCAGACAAACUUGGAGAUGUUAAGAAUGGAACUCUGGCAGCAGAAACCCUAACAUCACUUGCUGAGGCUACUAAAUUGGAAUUGGUAGCCACUGAGGUGAUGAAUUUUGCAUUUACUCAGAAGAGCCCCAAGGUACAGCAAGAAGCACUAGCUUGGCUUUCCACUGCCAUCAGAGAAUUUGGAUUUCAAAGUGUCCAGCCAAAGCCUAUAAUGGACAAUGUGAAGAAGGCAGUGAGUGCUUCUAAUCCUGCUGUACGUAGUGUUGCCAUAAAUUUAAUAGGAACUCUGUACCUGUACUUAGGAUCACAGCUAUCAGUGUUCUUCGAAGAUGAGAAGUCACAGUUACAGCAGCAGAUUAAAGCAGAAUUUGCUAAGCAUGCUGGGGAAGCCCCACCAGUUCCCAUCCGAGGAUUAAGUAAGAAAAUUGAUAGAGAAGAGGAGGAGGAGGAGGAUGAUGAUGAUGAUGGAGAGGAUGUUGAAGGACCAGUAAAUGAAAAGCUGAAUAUUCAUGAUCUGAUGCCCCAUGUCGAUAUCAGUUCUCAUAUCACAGAUAGUCUUUUGUCAGAACUACAAGACAGAAACUGGAAAGUGCGGAAUGAGGCAUUGCAGAAGGUGGCAAAUAUUUUGAGUGAGAAUAAAUUGGUAUCAAACAACUUGGGUGAGCUGCCUACUGUUCUAUCACAGCGUCUUGUUGACAGUAACAGUAAAAUAGCGGCUGCUGCAAUUACGAUCUGUCAGUCAUUGGUUAAUGCCAUGGGUGUUCAGUGUAAACGUCAUGUGCGUACUCUGUUCCCAGGCAUGCUUCAGGGAAUGGGAGACAGUAAGCCUUGGAUCCGUUCUUCUGCAACAGCAUGUGUCAAUGCUUGGGGUCAGCAGUGCGGAUUUAAAGAGUUCUUUGAUGGAGAAAUGAUUGGAGAUGCCCUUAAGUCAGGGAGCCCAACCCUGCGAAUAGAACUUUGGGCAUGGCUUACAGAAAUACUUCCUACAUUGCCACCCAGGUCUAUCUCUAAGGAUGAAUUGUUGAUCUGUCUACCACACUUGUAUGCAAAUGUGGAGGAUCGUAGUGCAGAUGUGAGGAAAAAUGCCCAGGAAGCUAUCGUUCCAUUUAUGAUACACUUGGGAUAUACGACAAUGGCCAAAGCCUCAGAGAAAUUGAAAACUGGAUCUCGCUCUGUUGUGAUCGCAGCCCUUGACAAGGCUCGUCCUAAUCUACCAGAGAAAUCUCUGCCACCUAAAAAGACAGGAGCGUCUGUUACUGUUGAUGAUGAUGCAGAGCCGAGCAAGGUUGUGAGGAGUGGAGUUGUAAAAGGGGCAUCUGGAAAGAAUGCUAAAGGAAAAGUCAUUGGAGCAUCUAAAUCAAGUGGUCGUAAAAAGGAUGAGGAUAUUGAUACAUCACCACUUCUUCAGAGCAACAACUUGAAACACCAGCGAUUAAUUGAUGAGCAGAAACUGAAGGUUUUAAAGUGGAAUUUCACUACUCCAAGAGAAGAAUUUGUGGAUUUGCUGAAGGAUCAAAUGACAGUUGCAAAUGUAAAUAAGACAUUAUUGACAUAUAUGUUCCAUUCAGACUUUAAAUUCCAUCUUAAAGCCAUUGAUUCACUAAGUGAGGACUUGCCCAAUAACGAAAGUGCAACAGUUGCCAAUUUGGAUUUGAUUUUGAAGUGGUUGACUCUGCGAUUCUUCGACACUAAUCCAUCAGUAUUAUUGAAAGGACUUGAGUAUUUGCAGACUGUGUUUACCAUGUUGAUUACAGAGGGAUAUAACAUGUUUGAUAAUGAGGCCUCAUCUUUUAUUCCAUAUCUCAUUCUGAAGAUUGGAGAUCCUAAGGAUGCUGUUCGGAAUGGUGUCCGAGCACUGUUCAGGCAGAUGGAACAAGUGUAUCCAGCUACAAAACUCUUCGUGUAUGUGAUGGAAGGUUUGAAGUCAAAAAAUGCCAGACAGCGCACUGAAUGUCUUGAGCAACUUGGAUCACUUAUUGAAAACUAUGGAGUGACAGUUUGCCACCCUAGUCCCAGUGCUGCACUGAAAGAAAUAGCUCGCCAGAUUUCAGACCGUGACAAUUCUGUGAGAAAUGCAGCACUGAACUGUGUAGUACAAGCAUAUUUCAUAGAACAAGAUAAAGUAUACAAAAUGAUUGGACAGAUCUCAGACAAAGAUUUGUCUCUACUAGAAGAACGUAUCAAGCGAGCUGCAAAAAACAAGGUCACACGAGCUCCAAACGUAUCUAAACAGCAACAGCAGCAGUUGCAACAACCCCAGCCUCAGAAGAUGGUGCGUCAGGGAAGUGAAGGCACCAUCAAAAAGGAAACAAUUGAAAGAGAAGAAUCUCCACCACCUCCCCCACCAACAAUGAGGAGUACUGUACCAAAACCAAGGCCAAUCUCAACAGGGCCAUUUGGCUUGGACAUCAAUUUGCUGGAACGUAUUGAGGGGCAUGGAGUGAAUUUAAAUGCUCCUAAACUUGCAGAAUUUGAUUUACAUGAUAUUAUUGAUGAUACUCCUGUGAGCAUACCAAAUGUGAAUACAGGUACAGUAAGUUAUGGUUUAAUGGGGCUAGAUCCUUUACACCUGUAUUACAACCCUCUGGACCCAUUCUACUCAAGUUAUCCAACUCUGUCACCACCACCAGUAUUACAACCUUACCAACUCAAGCUUUUACAUAACUUGGAUGAGAAGACAGACAUGUUACUGGAUUCCUGCAUACCUAACAUUGCCUGCCCUGAUAUAAGGCUGGCAAUCCAAACUGCCAUCCAGCUGGACACAUUGCUACAGACGGAUAAGGCAAUGAAAUUGGAUAGAAAAGUAGACCAAGUGAUACUGGGGUGUGUCAUGCAACUUCGAUUGCUGACCUCAGACCACCGUGUGGGCACUCCCAGAGGAGACGUUACGAGGGCAUUCCGAGUCCUUUUUAUGUUGCUGAUGUCGUUUUAUAGCAAUAGCACCCUCUCUCGUCAAGUCUCAAAAGAUGUAUUAUGUGAUCUCAUUGAGCAACUAAUCAGUCUGUUGGUAAAUAAGCAUAUGGAACAGUUAGAGAGUGGAGAGUCAUAUGUUCGAAUUAUCAACACAUUGGUAGUGCGCAUUAUUGAGCGUUCUGAUCACACAAAUAUCACAUGCGCUCUGAUCAAACUCCUGUACGAGAGUGCAGGAAAUUCCACGUCAUCACCUCGAUUUAUGGAUCUUGUAAUGAAGUGCCUGUGGAAAGUUGUGAAGAUGUUUCCUCUUUGGGAAGCAGAGACUGACUUUGAUAUAGUCCUCUGUGACAUUCACAUGUUUCUGAAGGAUUUUCCUUCGGCAUCAUGGAAGAAGCGGCCAUCAGAUACUCCAGUGCGAACAAUCAAGACCAUUCUGCACCGCAUGACAAAGAUCAAGGGCAAUAGAAUUUUAUUGCAUCUCAGUAGGAUUGAAAAUCUUAAUGAGUCAGAGUUGCAGUCUUACCUCGUGAAGCUGAUCAAGACUGUGAAGCAUGAUUCCAGUCCCCCAAAGAAGGAAUCUAAAUCACAGCAUCGGCUAUCAAAAACUACGCAUGAGCUUUUGUCAGAUAUAUUUAAGAAAAUUGGGUCCAAGGAUCAAACAAAAGAGGGUUUGUCACUUCUGUAUGACUUCAAACAGCAGCAUCCAGAAGCUGAUAUUGAGCCUUUCCUUCGCAAAUCUUCACAGUUUUUCCAAGAGUACAUUCAAAAAGGACUGCAUAUGAUUGAUAUGGACAGGAGAAAAGCCGGAAAGCAAGUAGUACACCCAGCUACAGCUCCCCUGACAUCUACAUCAAGUAUGAGUUCCUUAGGAAUAAUGGACUCCAAUCCAGUGACACCUCAGAAUGAAGUUGGUGAACCUAGUUUACAAAAUCCGAAUUCAGUAUAUGUGGAUCAGCAUCGAUCAGUGAAGACUCGUGUUGGAAUAGAUAGUGGUGAGGACUCAGAUUCAAGCUCGGGCUCAAAGAAUGCUCUCUAUUAUUUGAAGAGGCUACGAGCAUUACAAGAGCAGGCAGGCCAUGAUCCAUCAGCCGUCCUCCUCGAAUCCAAACAGCAAGUUUCACAGGAUAAAGAUGACAAUGUUGUAAAUGAUGAGAAUCUCAACAAGAAGUCAGUUCUUUAUGACAUGCCUGAAAGGGUGCAGCCAGUUCAGUGCAUUACGAGUAACAGUGGAUUUUCCGAAGUAGAUGCCUUGCGUAGACGUCUGGAAGUGGUAAAAGGUUCAGCAAGAUAAAGCCAGUAGGUCUAUGAUAUGACCACCAGCCUUCUGUCCCCCUGAUUUGCUUUGGUAGCAUUUGGCAUGAACCCAGGAUAUCCAUAUCAGGCUUUUAUCACUGCAGUUACACGCUUGUUUUAGACCUUGUUUGCUCCUCAUUAAUUAGUUUUGUCAGAGUUUUAAGUUGAUACUGCAUUACAUAAGACACUAAGCAUUUAUAGUACUUAACGUAAUAUAGUAGUCAUCCAUUUGUUUUAAGUGAUUAAUAUUGUAUUGAAGGGCAUUUUUUCACAUUUUCCAAUUGGUUGCAAAUCAGACAUUUUAACGUUACUAAAAUGAUAAUACUUUUAAAAUUAUUUUUACUCAUAAUAACAGCAGAAAGACUGAUAUGUGAUCAGGUGACAACUAUAAGCAAAUUUUGAGCUUUACUUGCUACCUGAGAGGAUGGUUUGCUUGUAACUUUAGUGAUGGAAAUUGUGUGACUUGAUAUUUUAUUGUAAUAAGGUUGGUGGCACCAGGUAUUUAUAAAUGUAUGCAAGAAUAGUUGAGUUAAACAUAAAAACAAAGUAUGCAUGUAAGGAGUGUAGUUUUCCCUUGCAGUUACAAGUACGAGGUGUGUUCAAAAUGUACUGGACCUUAAUUUUUCCCACGGAAACAAAUGAAGCACGGGAGGUGUCCUCGGGUUGGGGGGUGUAGGGGAUCUUCAUGCACAUGCGUGAAUUUUUUCCCGCCUGCAGAGAGUGGCAGUCAGCCUGCGAGCGAGUGAGUGACUAGUGAACGCCCGCCCAUCGGAUUUUCAAUUACCGCGAAUCAAGUCCCUUUCAGCGGCAUUUUCAGCUUGGGGAACAGCCAAAAAUCACAAGGAGCCAUGUCAGGAGAGUAGGGAGCCUGACGAACCAGAGGAAUGUUGUGUUUGGCCAAGAAAGCCUGAAUCAGAUGCGAAGAAUGGGCGGGUGUGUUGUAAUGAUGGAGCUGCCAAGUUCCUGCUGCCCACACAUCCGGUCGUUUGCGCCGCACAGUAUCACGAAGGCGAUGGAUGACCUCGUCAUUUCAACUUGUUGAGGGCCUACCGGAACGUGGUUCACUCUCCACUGACGUGCGGCCAUCUCUGAAGCGAUUGUACCACUCCUUAAUUCUUGUGAUGCUCAUGGCAUCAUUGCCAAAAGCCUGCUGAAUCUUCCGAAUGGUUUCCACUUGGAAAUCGCCAAGCUUUUGGUAAAAUUUGAUGCAAUACCGCUGCUCAAGUCGUUCCAUCAUUUCGCAGUAAAUGAAAAUCUGACGGGGGUUCACUACACUCACUCACAGGCUGACUGACGCUUUCUGCGGGCAGGAAAACAUUCACACAUGGGCAUGAAGGUUCACCUCCCAUGCUUCAUUUGUUUCUGUGGGAAAAAUUAAGGUCAGAUACAUUUUGAACAGACCUUGUAUUAUGACAGCUAGUUGAAACAUAGCAACGUGUAAAGGGUUUCCCUUUUACAACAUUUAAAUCAUCAUGGCUCUGGUAAUGACUUCCUUAACAGGGCUGUUUGAAAAUGACUGCUUUUGUAUUCAGUACUGUAUACCAUUGUGUUUGUUGCAUACUGAUUAUUGUACCAAAAUGAGAAUUUAUUUUUAAGUUGCAUUAAAAAAACUGUUCACUUAGAUUCAUUUACACAUUUUAUGAAAAUGCAGCUUGCAUCUUCAGUCAUCAUUUGUUUUUUUAUGUAGAUGACAUUUUAAUGGCUUUUUCUAAAUAUCUUUGGGCCCUUGCAUUGGAAUUCUUUGAUUUUUAAAUAUUAAAAAACCUGAUAAAUAGCUGUAAAUGAUGGAGGAUGUAAACAGUACAGAACCAUUGAUAUUGACACAGUAUUCCUACAUACUUUUUAAUACUGAAAAGAAAAUGGGUUGUUGCUAUAUUGACAAUGUGGUUGACAAAAUGAGAAACAAAAUAGAGUACAGUAAUAAGCAGUUCUUUCUCUAUCCAGGGGUGUAAAUAAGGAGAUUUGUUAAGGCACUUCAUAUUUCAUAAAUGUUUACCUUGUAAUGAAAGCAUAUUUUUAACCUAUAGUAAUUGGCUGUUCAUGGUGUGUUGACAAGGAACUAUUAGUGCUGUAGCUAAGUGUAAUUAA